AUGUCUUCGAAUUCACCAUGUGCAGCUUGUAAGUUUUUGCGUCGUAAAUGCACACAAGAAUGCGUUUUCGCACCCUAUUUUCCACCGGAUCAGCCUCAGAAAUUCGCCAACGUACACAAAGUCUUCGGAGCAAGCAACGUCGCAAAAAUCCUCAACGAGCUCAGCGCCACCCAACGAGAAGACGCCGUUAACUCCUUGGCCUAUGAAGCCGACGCCCGCCUGCGUGAUCCGGUUUACGGCUGUGUCGGAUUAAUCUCGAUUCUUCAACACCGGCUACGACAAGUCCAGAUCGAUUUGGAAAAUGCUAAACGGGAAUUAGCUAAUUACAUCGGACCUUCGGCUAUGCUUCCGAUUUUGAAUCAAGGGUUUAUUCAACAGUCGGCUUUACCUUACAACAUGCAGCCGGAGCCGGUUUUGGGGUUGACCGGACCGAGGAGCUUCCGGGAAGUUCAGCAGAUUCUUCAGGAUCAUCAGCAACAGAUUGGGGUAACUAAUGGUGAGAGAGGACAGCCGGAGGUGAUAAGAAACUACGAUCAGCAGCGGUCGUCGGGUGAUCAUUUGGGAUUUUCCGGUGGGUUUGAUGCGGUUUCAGCAGCGUCUGGGCAGGUGAGCGGCGGCGAGUUCAGCCACAUGACCACAGCCGCGGCCAUGACGCCGUCUUUAUCACUUGGUGGCUCUUAUGAUAAUAAUAUAUAUCAGAUUCAACACCAGCCACAGCACAACCUUCAUCGGCAACUGUUGCUCCACCGACAACCGCUGCCACCGCAAGGAGCCGAGUAA